AUAUGCAAAAGCAUCGAUUUAUGCUGCUUGGCUAAAAUGGGUGUGAUGGCUUGUGUAGACGUCACAGCAUCUCUCAACAGCUUCCUGGGACCAUCCGUCAUCCCGUUAAUGCCGGGGAGCCCUGGAAAUACAUCGACCUCCGUUAUCUCGCAACCAUGACCGACGUUCCGGCGAUAAUAAACAUCGCGAUUUCCUUGAAAAUCCAACCCAAUGACGGACCCGUGUUUUAUAAAGUGGACGGGACGAGGUUCGGCCAGAGCAGGACAAUCAAAUUGCUAACAGGAUCGAAAUACAAAAUCGAGGUGAUCGUGAAGCCGGGUAGCGCGGAGGCCACCACAAUGGGAAUCGGCGGAAAGAGCUUCCCUUUGGAGCAGCAGUCCAAAGAUGAGGAGCAGAUCGUCUACAAUGGCUCCUACGACACUGAGGGAGUGCCACACACCAAGAGCGGGGACAGACAACCUGUGCAGGUCUUCAUAGAGUUCAAAGAUGCCGGCAUGUUUGAAACCGUAUGGCAAGUGAAAUACUACAACUACUACAAGAGAGAGCACUGCCAGUUCGGCAACAGCUUCAACUGCAUCGAGUACGAGGCCAAGCCCAACGAGACCCGCAGCCUCAUGUGGAUAAACAAAGAGGUCUUCCUGUAAAACACAAGCGGAGCAGCAGCAACAGACCUGCACAAUAUGUCCUGUAACCAUCAUGGGGCCGCUGUGUGCGAGAUAGAUGACUGCAAAGUGCUCAAGUGAAGUAAGAUGUGACUAAGGCUCCAAACAAGUGAUGUGUCCCUUCCUUCUGUAUCUCAUCUAAACUGGUGAAACUUUGAAAUAAUUUGGCUGAAAGUCUCCAUGGGAAAGGUUAUUUGAAUGAGACCGAAUUCACAGCUCUCUCUUGGUCAUUUGCACAGCACAUAUCAGCUCUAUUAUGGUUACAAAUACACCGAGACCAUCUUUCAUCAAGACUCAGAUGAGAAAUCUGCAAUGCAGGCCUGUAUUUACCCCAGCGGUUUGCUGUUUUGGAGACAGGCAGUGCUCCACAAUGCUUGCUCAGAAAGGUGCUGUAUGAACAUAUACAGGCUAUACAUGAUACUCUAUUAUAUGUAUAUUAUAAUAUUAUAUGAGUAAAGACCACUAAGUUAAUAAUGUGGUCUUUUGGGACCAGCGUAAAAUAAUUAUUUACUUGUGAGAGCGUGUUUGAAACUGUUUAUGAUACUAUUAUGUGAAUGGAUGUUUAAUAAUUUCCUAUUUUGUGUUGUUCACUGCUUAUAUAUGUUGCCUAUUUUUCACAGAAGCAUUAGUUAACUGGAGUUAAUCAGAAAUGCAGUUGCUUAAUUCUUUGCCUAUUUUUACUCAUAUUCUGAUUAUUUGUUCGGUUGUUUGUUGCUGAAUAUCAAUCUUGAUUUUUUUGUGUGUGUAUGUGUGACAUGGAGACAAACUUUUGACCUUUUGUAAGAAUAUAAACAAUCUUGUUGUUUUUAAAAAUACAUUUUGGUUUAAGAUAAUAAUACCAGCCAAUAAAAGAGCAAAAGAAAAAGGAAAGUACAAAA